CAAGAAGUGAAAAUAAUCAGUGAGCCUGUCUGCGCGUCAGGUAUAAAAAGGGUUCACACGGCGUCUUCUCACCACAGCUCAGACACUGCAACAGCUCUACACUGAUAACUUUGUGCGACCUCAUUCUACACUUCAGAAUGGACUACCAAAUCGUUGCCCUGGUGAUGUUGUUCCUGGCCUGUGUGGAGCAGAGCCUGGCCUCAUGCGUUGUGGACAGCUUCACAGUAAAACAAGACUUUGACCCCAAAAGAUAUGCAGGAAAGUGGUAUGCUCUGCAGAAGAAGGAUCCCGAGGGUUUGUUCCUGCAGGACAACAUCUCUGCUGAAUACACCGUUGAAGACGAUGGUUCCAUGGUUGCCUCUUCCAAGGGCAGAGUCACUCUCUUUGGGUUCUGGGUCGUGUGCGCCGACAUGGCUGCUCAGUACUCCGUGCCCGACCCCGGCACCCCCGGCAAGAUGUUCAUGAACUACCAGGGACUGGCCAGCUACCUGUCCAGCGGCGGUGACAACUACUGGGUCAUUGACACAGACUAUGACAACUACGCCAUCACCUAUGCCUGCCGCACCCUGAAAGAGGAUGGAAGCUGCGAUGAUGGAUACUCCCUGGUCUUCGCCCGCAACCCCCGCGGCCUGCCCCCUGCCAUCCAGAGAGUCGUCCGCCAGAAACAGGAGGAAGUCUGCAUGGCCGGAGAGUUCCAGCCAGUGCUGCAGUCUGGAGCCUGCUAAACUGUCCCUAAGCUAAAGUUUGCUGAGCAGCACUUCAGGUUACUGGAUUGAUCAUCCUGCCCAAAGUAAAGACAGAGCUCUACUCAAAGACGCAAAUGAGAGAAUAAUCACGCUAUCAUAUUCAACGCCCCGACGAAAAGAAUGUCAUCAAACCUGCCAAGAUGAAAAUAUAUUUCCCAGCCAAAUAAAAACCAUUACCUGUUGA